AUGAGUCGACGCUUUAGCUCCAGGUCCGCGUACCGUUGCGGCGGUGGAGGAGGGGGCUUCAGCUCUGGCUCUGCGGGGGUGGUCAGCUACCAGCGCAGGUCCACCAGCAGUUCUGUGCGCCGCAGCGGGGGAGGCGGUGGGAGGUUUUCUGGUGGAGUGUGUGGCGGUGGUGCUGGUGGUGGUUUUGGAAGUCGGAGUCUCGUUAACCUUGGUGGCAGCAAAAGCAUCUCCAUUAGUGUGGCCGGAGGAGGUGGACGUGGCGGUUUCGGCGGUGGUUAUGGCGGCGGUUACGGCGGCGGUGGCUUUGGGGGUGGCGGAUUUGGUGGUGGUGGCUUUGGGGGCGGCGGUUUUGGAGGUGGUGGCAUUGGGGGUGGCUUUGGGGGUGGUGGUUUUGGCGGAGGUGGUUUUGGUGGGGGCGGUUUUCCUGUUUGCCCUGGUGGCAUCCAGGAAGUCACCAUCAACCAGAGCCUCCUGCAACCCCUCAAUGUGGAAAUUGACCCUGAGAUCCAAAAAAUAAAGACCCGAGAAAGGGAGCAGAUCAAGUCCCUCAACAACCAGUUUGCUUCCUUCAUUGACAAGGUGAGAUUCCUGGAGCAGCAGAACCAGGUGCUGCAAACAAAAUGGGAACUGCUGCAGCAGAUAAACACCUCCACUAGAAGCUACAACUUAGAGCCCCUCUUUGAGGCAUACAUCAGCAACCUUAGAAGGACUGUGGACCAACUGAAGAGCGACCAAUCUCGGCUGGAUUCAGAAUUGAAGAACAUGCAAGAUCUGGUGGAAGAUUACAGGAGCAAGUACGAGGAUGAGAUCAACAAGCGGACAAAUGCAGAGAAUGAGUUUGUGGGCAUCAAGAAGGAUGUGGAUGCUGCUUACAUCAUCAAGGUGGACCUUCAAGCCAAACUUGACAACUUGCUUCAGGAAAUUGAUUUCUUCAAAACACUCUACCAAGCAGAGCUCUCUCAGAUGCAGACUCAUAUCAGCGAUACCAAUGUUAUCCUUUCCAUGGACAACAACCGCAAUCUGGACCUGAACAGCAUCAUUGAUGAAGUAAAAAACCAAUAUGAAGAGAUUGCCCAGAGGAGCAAGGCUGAGGCUGAGGCCCUGUACCAGACCAAGUAUGAAGAGCUCCAGAUCACUGCUGGGCAACAUGGAGACAGCUUGAAAAAUACAAAGAUGGAGAUUUCUGAGUUGAAUCGGGUGAUCCAAAGACUUAGAUCUGAGAUCGACAGUGUCAAGAAGCAGAUCUCUUCACUGCAGCAGGCCAUUAGUGAUGCCGAGCAACGUGGUGAGAACGCCAUUAAGGAUGCCCAGAGCAAGCUGAAUGAGCUGGAGGAUGCCCUGCAGAAGGCCAAGGAGGACAUGGCCCGCCUGCUGCGUGACUACCAGGAACUGAUGAACACCAAGCUGGCCCUGGAUGUGGAGAUCGCCACUUACAGGACCCUCCUGGAAGGAGAGGAAAGCAGGAUGUCUGGAGAGUGUGUCCCGAACGUGAGUGUGUCUGUGAGCACCAGUCACACCAGCAUCAGCGGCGGUGGCGGCCGAGGAGGCGGCGGUUUUAGCUCCGGUGGCGGCGGCUAUGGCUCUGGAGGCGGCGGCGGCUACGGCUCUGGAGGUGGCGGCGGCUACAGCUCCAGAGGUGGCGGCAGUUACGGCUCUGGAGGAGGCAGCAGUGGGAGCCGUAGAGGCGGCUCUGGAGGAGGCGGUGGCGGCUCUGGAGGCAGCUUCAGCUCCUCUGGAGGUCGGGCAUCCAGCACCAAGACCUCCGGUGGUAGUUCCAGUGUGAAGUUUGUUUCCACCAGCUAUUCCAGAGGGCCCAGAUAA